AUGAUUUUUCAUUUUUCAGCCGUUGUCCGACACGACGUCGGCAUUGCCGCACCAACAGGCGGUCAUUUGUCCGGUCAUGCCUGGCCCGGCCACAUUUCUGCUAUUCAUUCCAACGGUCAUCCAGGUUUACCGUUGGACCCUCCUGACGUGGAAGACAAACUGCGGUCCCAAAACCAUCCGCCUGACCGUUUUUUGCCCGUCAAAUUGACCGUCCGCGCACGCUUGAGUCAGGCGGGUCUCCCUUUGGACCUCUGCUGUGGAGUCGACCCCGGCGGGGUCAGAUCGAGACAAACCGACGCCAAAAAUGGGGUUGAAUUGCCGCCUGACGCGGCCCGUGGUGUACAAGGCCACCCGCAAAUGUUGAUUAGGUCGCGCGGGGUUGAUCCUCACCCCCGACGGGGGUCCAGCACCUGUAAAGAACACAUUUUUGGAGUCUACAAGGUGUGUAGAUUCCAAAUCUAA